UGAAACGAAAUUAAGGAGUAGAUACGUCGAAGAUGAUACCAUCACGUUUUGGUUUGUAUUUUCCAGUUGAAUGUUCUUAAGUUCGAUUGGGUCAUGAAUACUGAAUAAGUGAGUCGUGUAAAGACAAUAAAGAAAGAAGUAAUGAUGAAUAAUAAACAAUGAAAUGAACUAAAAAAAAACUCGAAAUGCAAUCAAUAAAAAAUCAUCGAAAUUUCAAGAGCAAGAAGUGGAAGAGGUAUUUAAUAUUUAUAUGUAACAGUUCGUAUUAUGAUGUAUACAAAAUGAAAUAAAGGGAAAAUAUGGAGGAACUAUUUGAUGUGGAAUCAGGAGAGUGACUGGUUUGAAGCAAGGUGAAAGCGCAUAUUGCGUGUACUCCGUUCUCACUCUCAGUCACGGGCGAGCCGGCAACGGCAUCCGCACGUCGUCAAUUCGUGUACGUUCAAGUCACUUUUAAUCAGUGUGUGGAUGGUGUUUGAAUACAGAUAUAAUUUUUUUCUGAAGAUUUAAGAAUUUAAGGAGUAGAACAAUGAGACAAGGUUUAAAAUCUCUAGUAAGACGACCAAAUACUCAAGUUGCUGUCAGCCUUGGUACGGGAUCGGUCCUACUCGUUGGAUCUACCGAAGAAGGGGAAAAAGAAGCUGAAAAGACUCGUGGGACAACGAACUUCAAGGAUGUCAACCAAAAAUCUGUUGUUAAUGAACAAGAAACUCAGGGAUUGGUUCAGCUUAGGACAGUGGAUCGAGAUGAAGCAUUAGUGGAUGUACAAGAAACAUCAUGCUACGUUCUUGAAGGUUUCGUCGAUGGAGAUUCUUCAGCUUAGAUUAACAAAAUUAACAAGAUCUUUCAAUAAUGCUCAAUAUUUAUUUUUAAUUCUUACCAUUCACAUUGUAAAAUCGUCACGAAUAAACAAUAAAAUUUUAUCAUUACGUCAUUUAUUCCAUUA